GCUUCUCUGUCCGGCUGGAGAGUCACAAAACCCGGACUGGAGCCUCGCAGCGAGCGGGAGGCAUUCAUCACGGUUUGGGCUAAACACCGGCCAACGGGACAAGAAAAAGACGAUAAACACACCGACCGACCACAAGAUGGCAGCGUCUUUAGGCGGGAAAUCACCCGGUCUGACUCAUGGAGCAAAGGUAAAGGAGAGGAGCUCAGGAAACAGGAUGGCUUUGUCAGAGUGAGGAAAGGAGAUUUAGAGAAGUUAACCACAGAAGUUAUGCAGCUGAAGGAGUUCCUGCCCAGAAUUCUGAACAGGGACCUGAUUGAAAUGCUACACAAAGCUAGAGCAGCUCAGAUAAUGAAGGAGCAGCUUGUGCAGGAUCAGGAGCAGUUACGACAGGAGUGUCUGCACCUUCGGUCCAGACUGGAUGCUUUGCAGACUGAAUGUCAGAAAGAGAGAGAGGAGAAGCUACUGUUGCGUGAGCAGCUAUGGCAGAGUGGAGUGGAGCUGCAGCAGCAGGCAGACUUCUGCUCUGGUCUGGGAUCUGCAGCCUGCAGUCUGCUGUGGAGCUGCUCUGCCAGCGAGCACACGGUCACACAAUGGCUGGCUGAUGGGAAGCUGCAGUCCUUCUUGGUACUAGCUGCUCAGACUCUGGAGAGCUUCGUCAGGUCUCUGGAUGAGGAUGGAAAAGCUCAAACUGAGGACCACAACUCCCAGGAGCACCAGUUUGUGCUAGCUCUGGCUGGAACCAUAACUAACAUAGCGGCAGUCACGUGUGGACGGGACUUCCUGUCGAGCUCAGCUCAUAUCAUACUGGACACUCUGAUGAAGCUUCUGGAGUUGAUGAAGCCUGGUGUCUUCCCCAAACUGAAAGUGCUGAUGCUGAUGGCUCUGUUUAAUGUCAGCAUCAGUGUUAAAGGACUGCAGUACAUCAGUGAGAACCCAGGACUCCUGCCUCUCAUCUGGACUUUGUUGGAUGAUGGAGACUGGGAGGUGUGUCUCCACUCUCUGCGUCUCCUGCAGUCAGUGUUGUUGGAGGAGGAGGUGCUGCUCUUGCUGGGCUCUCCUCUGCUGGAUCCAGACCUCCAGGCUUGUGUCAGCCGGCUCACCUCCUCAGCGCAGCCCAGCCUGAGACUGGCUGCCCAGCAGAUAUUGGAGGACCUGCAGGCCCUCCAGCAGCUGAAAGUCCCACAUCAACAUCUGAUGCCGACCCUAAGAAAGAGGAGAGAAGGAAGCGAGGUGGAUGAUGAUGGAGAUUCUGUCCUGAGGCCUGAGAGACCUGACCCUCGCAGUGAGGAGGAAUGUUCAGAUAUACAUGUUGAAAGUCCCACAUCGACAUUCGACACUGUCCCACAGAAAGGAAGGAAACGAGGCAGAGAGGUGGAUGAUGAUCCAGCUCCAUUUUGCCUCCUGUGCACCGCAGUGAUAUGAAGGGAGGGAAAAUGGUGCCAGGUGAUUGUGAGAUCUGAUAAUAGAUGAGAGCCCAGAAACAGGCCCAGGCCUUCAGAACAGAACAAGGCAGAGAAAAAAAAGGAGUCUCCCAAAGUAAAGGUGAAGAGACCGUGGAGUGAAGCAGAGCGGAAGGUAGUGAAGAAACACCUGGGAGAAUUCAUGGCAGAGCACAGAGUUCCGGGAAAAGAGGACUGCAUGCAAUGUAUAAACGAAGGGAAAGUGUUUGGUCAGAGGUCAUGGACAGAUGUAAAGAACUUUGUGCGUAACAUCAGAUCUGCUUCGCGUAAUCUGAAGUAAGACUUCAAUUUUGUGGUAUUCAGUUUCUGUGCUCUGGUUGAGACACAACUUCUUACGCACAUGUUAAAUAAACAUGUUAUUUGUCAGUCCAGUUGGAUUGCAUUUGUGGAAUGUGUCACAUGUUGACACAUUGUUCUAAAGGGUACAUUCAACAUGUACUGUAGCUGCUCACAAUUUACAGUAACAUGACUAGUUAAGUCAGUACUCAGUACUAAGUUCAUUACUGGUAAUUUACAAGUACAAGGCUUUUUUUU